AGGCUGCAGUUCUUCCAGGGAGAUUCGGCUGAACUGUUGCUCUACAAUAAUUACAGGGCAUGUCUUGGCAUGGUGAACUAAGGCAUGGGUAAUGACUUUUCAGAAGGAUAUCAUUUGAGGAACCAGGGUUGGAGUUUGUAUAAGGAAACUUUGCUCGAGUGUGGGGGCGCGCUUCUCAGCUACCAACCCUGGCUGUGCCAAACGGUAUAAAUCAAUGGUCAAGAAAGCGUUUGGAGUAUCGGUAAGGAACUGACGCCAUGAAGACUUCACAGCAGUUUUUUUUUUUAAAACAGAGAAUGAACUGUUUUGAUAUAUGCCUAAUGACCAAGUGGUAGAUGUGGAUAUCCUGUAGCCUAUAAUCCCGACGGCGCAGACCGUGCGCCUGUAGACUACAGGACUGGAAUCGAAAGGCAGAUUCUCUUCGAAACGCCCUCAGUCCGAGGGAGGAGAUUAGAGAAGUAUCAUUCUGGUGACAAAGAGGACCAUACACGGCGACCGAGGUUGAAGAUUGAGGUGGAUCAGAGCCAGCGCCAGGCGGGUUGUUUGUGAUUAACUGCUGCUUGGGGACUGGGGUAUGGAGAUGUUGCGUCGCUCCUCAGUAUUCGCGGCUGAAGUGAUGGAAGUAUUUGACCGCUCCCCCACAGACAAGGAGUUGGUGUCACAGGCGAAGGCUCUAUGCAGGGACUACAUCCAUUCCAGGCUGAACCGAACCGGGAUAGGGUGGUCCAAACCCGAGCAUCAGCUGUCAGCAUCUGGUGGGAUGCUUGGAGAGGUAUCCUCUGUCCUCAUGUGGUUAGGUGAUGAGUUGGAGUACCUGCGACCCAACAUCUACCGUAACGUAGCUCGUCAGCUGAACAUCACCGUUGCGUCUGAGAGCGUGGUGUCUGAUGCCUUCCUGGCUGUGGCUGCAGAGAUCUUCUCCACCGGUAUAACGUGGGGGAAGGUGGUGUCCCUGUAUGCGGUAGCCGGUGCCCUGGCGGUGGACUGCGUGAGGCAUGGUCACCCAGCAAUGGUCCACACCAUCGUAGACUGCAUGGGGGAGUUUGUCCGCAAGAGCUUGGUCUCCUGGUUGAAGAGGAGAGGAGGAUGGGCUGAUAUCACAAAGUGCGUGGUGAACACCGACCCCAGCUUUCGCUCCCAUUGGUUGAUGUCUGCUGCCUGCGCCUGUGGACAUUACCUGAAGGCCAUGGUGUUUUACCUGCUCCGGGACAAGUGACAACGGAGGAGGAAGGUCACAGACACACGACAAUCAGUCUGCCCUAUAUGAACACAGCCAACCCCUAUCCAUCAGUGGAGUACAGGACAAGCAAGCCCGGUCCCAGAUCAUUUUGUGCUCUUGACAACUCCAGUGAUGUCAUUGUCAAGCCAAACCAUGGGGGGGGCAGCCAGCCAGCCAGCCUCCCUCCCCUUCCUCUCGCCCUCUGUCCCUCUGUCUGCGCUGCAGCCAUCACUGCUUUAGCGUCUAGAUAUGUUGUUGUUUACACCUGCAGAAGUUUGCUCCAACACUGCCACAGGCGAGCACCUUGGGACUUCACAAACGCACUGGCCUGGAGCAUCAAUGUGAAUUAGCCUUGUCUGCUUCGAACACACUUUAGGGUAUUUAUUAUUUAGCUUGACGGCAAUAUUUUGUGACGUGCGGUACAGAUCCUCCAGCUGGAUUGUGAGGUAGUAGUCUAGUCAUAGAUCUAUAGAAUGCCACCCAUCAACCAUUGACUUGAAUGUGAAUGUCCUUUCUACUCAUUCUAUUUCUGUAUUUGUUUUUCUUCAGUUACAUCCGAGAGUCACAUUCCUUGCUUUAAUUUUUUUUUUAAAUAAAAUGUAUUUAACUAGGCAAGUCAGCUUAAGGACAUUUUCUUAUUUACAGUGACUGCCUACCCCGGACAACACUGGGCCAAGUGUGCACCGCCCUAUAGGACUUCCAAUCACGGCCGGUUGUGAUACAGCCUGGAUUUGAACAAGGGUGUCUGUAGUGACGCCUCUUGCACUGAGAUGCUGUGCCACCCAGGAGCUUUAUGCUUGCAUUACUCAAUGGCAAAUAUUCUAUUCAAAGCUAUGGAAGAUUUCUAUACAUUUUGAGUUUCUGUUCUACACCUGUUCGAGCAAAGGGGAUAUGGGCCCAGACAGUGUGCCUGUAAAUAAACCAGUAUUUUCAUCCAGGGGUCAUACACUCCCUGGUGGCUGAAAAUAAGAAUGACCAGAACCCCUUUUUUCAUGUUGAUUUGAAAAGGAACAUUAGUGAAAUUAUUCGGAAUUCCUCAGUUUGGAUGGAAAUAUCGUUUAGAUUCUAAGGUUUUGUCUGCAUGAUCCACGUAGUUGAUGAGUGUGUGAAUUUACACAAUCUGGGUGAAUAAGUGUGUGUGUGUGACUUUUUGUAAAAUAUUGUGUAAUUAUGGAUCACUCUUAUCACCUGAAACUUGAAUCCCAUUCAGACAUUUUGUCUGUUUUCUACAAAGGUAUUUGUAUUCUGUGAAUAACCACACAGUAGCUUACAAACACUGUAUUUGGCAUGCAGCACUGAGUGUCUUCAGAAAUAAAAUGUUUUACAUUUCAA